AUGGAUGAGGAACCUUUUCCAGAGCCACCAACCUCGGACUCGCUAGAUGCUCCCCAACAAGAUACCGAGACACUUGCCCAUCUAAACGCAUCGUCGUCUGAACCCGCCACGCUGGAGUCGCCGUGUCUUGAUCCGACGCCGACAAAUAGCCACAGGCUCUCGAGGAACCCCUCCGUCUCCGGCAGCGACUCUUACCAUGACGACUGGGAUCCGCUCCCGCCUCUUGAUCGACUCACCGUGCUCGAUCUUCUGGACAACUUCGCCUUGCCACAGCAGCUGGAGAAGCUUCAAAAGGGCAUCUCGGCGCAGACGGACAAAGUCCGCAGAUCAAAGGAUGCGUUCAAGUCCAAAACCCAGCUGGCGCGCGAUCGCAUGGUUGAAGAAUGGAGACGCCGCGUUCCCUCGGCCGACGAGCAGCUCGACCGCUACAGGAGACGGAUGCGGCAGCGGGUUGAGAAGCUGGGCCGGCACUGGAACGACACCAAGGCAAUCAGCGCGCGCGAGAAGAUCUCCUUCAUCUGCGGGGUCAUGAAUAUCUUUAUCAGCGGAUACCUCAUCGGCGGGUACCCGCAGCACUUUCACCUCUGGUACACCGCUCAGUUGGUCUACUUUAUGCCCAUCCGAUUCUUCACAUACCGCAGCCGUGGCUACCACUACUUCCUCGCCGACCUCUGCUACUUCGUCAACGUGUUGCUUACCCUCAGCAUCUGGGUGUUUCCCAACUCGAAGCGGCUGUUCACAGCAACCUACUGUCUGGCCUUUGGCAACAACGCCGUGGCCAUCGUCAUGUGGCGUAAUUCCCUCGUCUUCCACAGCCUCGACAAGGUCACCUCUCUCUUCAUCCACAUCAUGCCCUGUGUCACGCUCCAUUGUUUGGUUCACCUGUGUUCUCCUCUCGAGCAGGAAUCCAGGUUUCCUGCCAUAUGGGCGGUCAAGAACGCAGAUUCUGGCUCCGCGACGGCAUAUGCCAACGUCAUCUCCAUGCUCUCCUGGAGCACGAUACCAUAUGCUUUCUGGCAGUUGAGCUACUACUUCUUCAUCACUGUGAGGCGCAGAGACAAGAUUGCGGCUGGUCGUCCAACAUCCUUUACGUGGUUGCGACGAUCUUACUCCAAAACUUGGAUCGGAAGAAUUGUUCUGUCCCUUCCAGCCGGCCUUCAAGAGCCGGCCUUUAUGAUGAUUCAAUACAGCUAUGCGGUCCUGACCAUGCUCCCCUGCCCUUUGUGGUUCCACAGCCGAUGGGCCUCGUCCUUGUUUCUGUUGACCGUCUUUGCGUGGAGUAUCUAUAACGGAUCGACAUACUAUAUUGACGUGUUCGGGAAGCGUUUUCAGAAAGAGCUGGAAGCCAUGAAGGCCGAGGUUCUGAGAUGGCAAAACACUCCGGAGCUCAUGUUGCAAUCGCCGUUGCUGACUCCACACCCUGACUCGGUCGUCGCAGGGACUGUGGCUGCACUUCCAGGCCAGGGCAACAAUAACAACAACAGCAACAGUAACAAAACCAUGUCAGAAACGCAAAACAGCUCGUCAACCCAUGACCAUUCACGCUUCGUGGGGGCCACCGGUAGAACUAUGAGCUUGGACAAAAUCCCUCUGCUCGACGAGAGCUCAAUCACAGGGGCUGACUGUGGGGCUAGAGAUGUUGCACGAGAAAGAAAGCCGUAG